GUGCGCGCUCACCGCUCAGCUCCAGUCAGUCAGUCCAUCGCGCGCUGCUGGGAGAUUCAUUUCUUAAUCUUUUUAUUUAAAGGAGGCGAAAGCUAAGACUUCUGUCAUCUUUUGCAUUUUGGGGGGUGGCUCACAAAGACAAACCUCUACAAAGCGACAUGUGGAUUUACAAAAUGUUGCUCUGUGUGGCCGUUUUGGUUUACUCAGAAACGAAGCGGCAUUCCCUGCAAGACUACCAGAAGACGGAUGGCGUGCGCUUGGUCACACCACCUGAUUUGUCCUACAUGUCCAAAGGGCGCAAGAUGAGCGUGGGAAAGUGUGCACGUCGCUGUAGUCGCAACAGGAAGCUCCAGUUCACCUGCAGAGCAUUCAGCUUUGAUCAGAAAAAUGCAAAGUGUCAUUUGCUGUCUUACGACAGCCUCACCGUCGGUGUCCGCUUGGAGAAUGACUUCAACUUUGAUCUUUAUGAGAAGAAAGACUUUGUGAGAGAGUGCGUCAUUGGCAAUGGCCUCAACUACAAAGGGAAGAGAUCAGUGACCAAAAGUGGAGUUCAAUGUCAACACUGGAAUUCAAAAACUCCUCAUGAACACAAUUUCUUACCCCAGAGGCACAAGCACAGAGAUCUACGGGAUAAUUUAUGCCGUAACCCAGACAACACCACAACAGGUCCGUGGUGCUUCACCACAGACCCAAAAAUACGACACCAGGACUGCAGCAUCCCACAGUGCUCGGAGGUGGAAUGUAUGAGGUGUAACGGAGAAAGUUACCGCGGACCCAUGGACCACACGGAGAGCGGCCGGGAAUGCCAGCGCUGGGACCUUGAGGAACCGCACAGACACAUUUUCCACCCCAAAAGGUACCCCGAUAAAGGUCUAAAGGACAACUACUGCAGGAACCCAGACAGCCGCCAGAGACCCUGGUGUUACACCACCGAUCCCAGUACGCCAUGGGAGUACUGUAAUAUCAAACAGUGCGACUCGAACACUGGCGGUGACAUUGACAACACAACGACUUGCUUUCAUGGACGUGGUGAGGGUUAUCGUGGAACAGUGGGCAUCACCCCCGAGGGAGUGGUCUGCCAACAAUGGGAUGCCCAGUUUCCCCAUAGCCACUCCUACUUGCCCCAGGACUACCACUGCAAGGAUCUCAGAGAAAACUACUGUAGGAAUCCUGACGGUCGUGAUCUCCCAUGGUGCUUCACUACUGACCCCAGUGUUCCAGUGGCGUUCUGCACCAACAUCCCCCGCUGUGGAGUCACUGUCCCUGAACCUGAAGAGUGUUAUACGGGCAUUGGUGACACGUACAGCGGCAUGCAGGCAAAAACCCGCUCAGGCGUUCCCUGUGCUCCAUGGAAAGACCGCAAUGAAAGUAAAGACAGAGAUUUAGACUUUCUGACGACUGAACAGGCGGGGAACUUCUGCAGAAACCCGGACAAGGACAAACACGGCCCAUGGUGUUAUACAAACAGUUCUUCAGUCCCCUGGGACUAUUGCUUCCUCAAACAAUGUGAACCCUCGCAAAACAAUCUGCCACAAAAAGCUGAGGUUACAAAGGCCUCGUGUUUCGUUCACAAGCAGGUGAGAAUCGUUGGUGGGGGUCCAGUGCCGAUUACAGAAGGCAGUUGGAUGGUCAGCAUACAGAAAGGGAGCACUCACUUGUGUGGAGGAUCUCUGGUUAGGGAGGAGUGGGUGCUGACAGACAGACAGUGCUUCUCUUCUUGCGUGCCUGACCUAUCAGAGUACAGAGUUUGGCUUGGUACAGCCCAUUUGAACGAAUCGGGUGAGAAUGACUUCAACAGGCAAGAGAGACGAAUCUCAAACGUCAUCUGUGGCCCUGAAAACUCUAGUCUCGCCCUACUGCGACUGACUCAACCGGCACUCCCGAGAGAGCAUGUGAGAAUUAUUCAGCUGCCCGUGGCCGACUGCAGCAUUCAGGAGGGUACCAUAUGCUCUGUGUACGGCUGGGGUGAGACCAAAGGCACAGGGCACGAGGGAACACUGAAGAGGGUUCACAUGCCCAUAGUAGGCAGCGAUCGAUGCCAGCAGCUUCACAAAGGAGCUAUUCAAAUCACCAGUUCCAAACUGUGUGCCGGAGGAAGGAGGGAUGAAGGAGUGUGUGAUAAAGACUAUGGUGGCCCGCUAGUAUGCCAAGAGAGCAACAGUAAAGUCAUUGUUGGAGUGAGCAUAAACGGCCGAGGAUGUGGCCGACACAACCGGCCCGCCAUUUUCGAGAACGUGGCCUUCUAUACUGGAUGGAUCCACAAAGUGUUCAAACAUUACCCCAACUCGGAACUAAACUACUGAUGCUGAGCUGACGAGGAAAUGAUUCCCAACGGUUUGCAUUUCAAAUAAGUUCUGAACAGCUCGAGUUGGAAAAAAGUUCUUCAAAACUUUCACAGCUUGGCCGAGAAACGUGUAUUCAGAAACUGGCUGAAACUCUUGCUCUGAAUUCAAGCAAUCUCUACACCUAAUAAUGCCAGAACCGCAGAGCGAGGCGCUGGGAGAGACUCUCUGAAGGCUAAAUUAGCAGCUGAUAGCUGAAAGACUACUGGAGCGAAGAAUGGACAUGUUUCAAGAAUCAAUAACAAUUCCUGGCCACCAACCUAAAACCUCAAGUCCUCGAAAGGAAAUCUUGACUGUGCAUUCGUGUGUACGGUCAACCCACUCAUUACCUAUCAAAGGAAAAAUCUGGACUUCAGUUUGGAUAUUGGAAUCAGAGACUUGAGAACCAAGUUAAAGUCUGGAUUCAGACCAGGACUUGAUAAAUGGAUAGAAACUCUGAGAUCCUCCCUGAAUCCCAACGAAAAUCCGCCGUUCCCUCUAAAACGAUUCAAAGUCGACCCGCAAAUUAUUUCGGACACUCCUCGUAUAGAAAGAGCCCCUUUAUAAAGUAUAAUCCGUUAGCAUAGUGUGAGCAGAAUAUCUGACUGCUUUUACGCUCCUGAUAAUACUUGAAAACACACAUGCAAGAAAUCACGUGUCCCUUGGUAUCACCUCCUCGUGUCGCCGCUACGAGUUGUAUGUUGUCCUGUAGGUGUUGCAUCAAGUUGCGUUGAUAAUUUGUUCACAAUCCUCAAUGAAGAUGGCAUGACCUGAGGCUUGUAAAGAUAGUCCUUAUAACAUAUAAGCAUCUGAUGUCCCAGAAAUACCCCGUGUUUGCUUUAGAGUUGAAUCCAGAGGAGCGUUUGGGAAUGUGUGUUGUAAAUACUGUGGUCAUGGGAGUGUGCGAAUCACUCCCAGUUCUUUCGUAGGUCUCAUAGACCUUUAUACGUUGCCAGGGCAUGGUGGCCUCCUCCAUUCCAGUGCUGUUUUGUCAAAUUGGGUGGUUUUAUAUAUAUUUGUAAAUAUACCUCUGUAUUCAAUGCACAUUUUGGCUCAAUUUGGUUCAAUUUGUUCAUGUGAGGAAAUGGCAUCAGGUGUCAUGUACUAACAAUGAGCAAUAUGUGUUUACAGCAUUUAUUAUCCUUCAUUAAUGUGAUUCAAUAGUUUAUGUUUACGCACUUACUCAGGGGUUUUCAUACUGUUCAAUGCCAAGGACCUGAAAUAUUAUGACCCCCUUGGAAGGGACCCCCUAACUGAAAUUGUUUGUAGGACCCAUUUAUACAAAAAGUGUUAUCUCAUAAAGACAACAUGAUUGUAACAGGGUUAAAAUGGGAAAGGAGGAUGAAAUAAAAAGACACAAAUGCAACUGCAACUGCGUGCGGCUCUCUCUCACGCUGAACUUGUCACUAUCGCUGUUUUUAGAUAAACAAAACGUGUUUUCGCUUGAACGCCCCAAUGUCGUGAGGGGCCUGCGUGAACUGUUGCUCUCGUGCACUAUCAUGAGAUCAACGGCCAGUGAACAUUUACACUAAAUAACACAUCAGAUUUCAGUUUCUCAUCAAAUCUUAUCGUAUACUUUCAUAACAAUCACGAGUCUCAUGAAUAAUUAAUUAGACUUCUGAAUGAUACUUUUGUGUUCUUUUGAAGCUUGAAGAGGUGUCACCAUAAACUGCCAUUGUAUGACAUCACUGAGCACAACAUUUAUUCACAAUUUCUCCCUUUGUGUUCAGAAAAAGAAAGAAAGUCAUAUACAGUUAUAACAACACAGGGGUGAGUAAACAAUGACUGAAUUUACAUUUUUGGGUGAACUAUUUCUUUAAUAAAUGCUGUAAAACAUUUGUUAAUUGUUAGGGCAUGUUAACUCUUGUAGGUAACUAAUGCUAACCAAUACAACUCGAUGUCAAGUGUAACCAAACUAUACAAAAAAUGACAUGAUAUUGACCUAUAUUGCGCCUUUAAGAAUAAGUGUGUUGAACUGUGCAUUUAUUGUGUGUGUGUGUGUGUGUGUGUGUGUGUGUGUGUUAGAUGCAUUUCGCAGCAGUGUCAACUAGAAGCGUGCACCUCUGCAGGACAGAGAGAAAUCCGAGCAAACAUUUGCAUACAUGUACACUCUCAUGUAAACAAAGGCAGUUUGGGAAAUGUACAGACUAAUUAGCAUGUUUUCCAGAACAGAGCAUUUGUAAGAUAAAUCCAAGUGAUUUGCUCUCUUGUGUGGUCUUGGUCUCAUUCUCUCACGCUGGCCUGCCUCCAAAAACAAUCAGCUUGGGAAAUUACCUCCAAAAAUCAUGUCGGCUUAAACAAAUGGCUUUCUGAGUGAUGGCGUGUAAGUGUUUGUAUUCUAUCCACUCCCGAUGCUAAUUAUGUUGGUUAAAAUGAAGGAUGAGUUUAAUUUGUAAGAGUCCUAAGGCACAGGACUAUAUUAAAGGACGUUGUUGAACAUGCUGAGAUUAGUGUUACUAAAGCACAAGACGAGGCAAAUGAGCCCUUUAGUGUGUUUCCUCGUUUAACUUUAUUGGUGUUUUCUUCUGUUUUCAUCCAGUUUUGUUCAUUUUCUUUGUAACAAUAUGAAACCUGUGGAAAUGUAGAAGCUGCUGGGCUUGUUCUGAGCAUUUCAGAGAAGGUUAAAGUUCAUGCAUACUUCACUGUAGGCAAUCCGUUGCUCUAUGUAUUCUUUUAAGCUUGUGAUGAAGUGCAACUUGUGUCUCAUUUAUGAAUGUACAGUGAGCUGCUCUAUGAAUGAUGUAAAGUUGUAAAAUGUUGUCUCUGUACAGUGUGUUUAAUGUCUCAUUUAUUCAUGUACAGUAUGGUAAUAUUCUCAUUGUAUUAUUCACAUCUUAUUCCAAUAACAGUAUUUAUCAACUAUGCCUGUGUUUGUGUUUAUU